AUGAGAAAUCGUCUAGACCGUCUAGACGUGUCUUUCGGUGGAACUGAAGUCCGGAAAGUGUUGCUCAGCAUCGAGGCAGUACCUUGGCGUCUUAUGUUCAUCUUGUUUCCCAAAUUUGUGGAUGUCCGGUCCGAUUUCUCUCUGUCUCGACCUCUCGGGGCGGUCGACGCAAAUCGUAAUAAUCGAGCAAGUGGAUUCUCUGUCACUUCUCAAGCCUCGCGGUUUGUGGUGCAUGACGCAUGCACAAUGAAACGUUCAGAAACGUGGCUGCGCUUCCUCGUCGUAGCCGCUCACCCUCUCAUCCGGAGAUGCAUGAUAUCGUCUAAACGUAACAUGUAUCCACGGUUCGAUGAAUCCCUGGGAGGUACCUAUCAUUUGUGUAAAUGGAUAACGCUAUCCUUGUCAUCAUUAGGAUUAUUCAAUUAUGUAGCUUUCGAGAAAGCCGUCGUUAUUAAGGAACAUAGUAUCUUCAAUAUCAACCCGAAGGCAGCUUUUCAAACUUCUGGAAUGAUGCCGCAACCAUGCCUGAGAAUCGCAGUUUGGCUGAACGCCAAAGGGACCGGGCAGGGUGUUACCUUCCAAUAUCCUAUCGGACUCGGGGGGGGGUGUCUUCUAGACCAGUCGAUGGACCGCGAACGGCGGACUACACCAUUCUCCCCCAGUCACGCACAUAGCAACCACCAAGCCUGUCAUCAUUGUCUAUCGCUCCUAAACCAAGCGCGACAGUGGAUUCUUUCUAUCGCCCUGAAGCCUAGCCUGUGGGCUAUUGAAUCGGGUUUCGCCAUACCACCAAGGCGUUUCCCACUCCCCAAGUCAACUCCGACAUGGCAUGCGCUUCUAACCUUCUCUCUAUUGCCCAACUGUCGAGUCUCGACCCACUCGAUUUGA